CAGGAGGGCCUGGAAGAAGAAAAAUGACUUCUGAAACCUUUUGUUUGGCCGCCCAGGCUAGGCUUGACUCCAAAUGGCUGAAAACCGAUUUACAGCUUGCUUUCACGAGAGAUGGACUCUGUGGCCUGUGGAACGAGAUGGUCAAAGAUGGAGAAAUCGUCUACACCGGUGUGGAAUUAGCCCAGAAUGGAGAACUGCCUCCUAGGAAAGAUGACGGCACCGAAUGCCCAAGUGGAACGAAGAAAGAAGACCCCAGUGACAAGGAGAAGAAGGAGGAAGAGGAGCUCCCCGCGCCGACGUACCGAGCCAAAUCCAUCGUGGAGAGUUGGGUCUGGGGCAGACAACCAGACGUGAGUGAGUUGAGGGAGUGCCUCUCCGUCCUGGUGAAAGAGCAGCAAGCGCUGGCCGCGCAGACGGCCACGACCACCCUCUCGGCCCGGCGGCUGAAGCAGCGGCUGGUCAUCCUGGAGCGGUACUUCAUCGCGCUCAACCGAGCCGUCCUCCACGAGAACGUCAAGGUCAAGUGGAAGAGCAGUAAUAUUUCUUUGCCCGCCGUGGACAAAAAAAGCUCACGACCCGCGGGCAAAGGCGUGGAAGGACUCGCCCGCGUGGGAUCCCGCGCCGCCCUCUCCUUCGCGUUCGCAUUCCUCCGGCGAGCCUGGCGGUCCGGUGAGGAUGCCGACCUCUGCAGCGAACUGUUGCAGGAAUCCCUGGAUGCUCUGCGAGCACUGCCGGAGGCCUCGCUCUUCGACGAGAGCACGGUUUCUUCCGUCUGGCUGGAAGUGGUGGAGCGGGCCACGAAAUUCCUAAGGUCCGUCGUGACCGGGGACGUCCACGGGGCUGCGGGCAGCAAGGGAUCGGGGCCGGUUCCCCUGCAGGAUCAGCACGUGGCCUUGGCCAUCCUGUUGGAAUUGGCCGUCCAGCGAGGAACGCUGAGCCAGAUGCUGUCUGCCAUCCUGUUGUUGCUUCAGCUGUGGGAUAACGGAGCCAGGGAGACGGAUAACGAGAGAUCUGCCCAGGGGACCAGCGCGCCCUUGCUCCCUUUACUGCAGAGGUUUCAAAGCAUUCUCUGUAACCAGGAGUCGCCGACCGCGCAAGACGACGUGCAGAUUCUGUCCGGCUCUCUGAGUCCCAACGAAAGUUUCCUGCGCUACCUCACCCUCCCCCAGGACAAUGAACUGGCUAUCGACCUGCGCCAGACGGCGGUGGUGAUUAUGGCUCAUCUGGAUCGCCUGGCUUCUCCCUGCAUGCCACCUCAGUGCAGCUCGCCGAAAUCCCACAAAGGGUCACUGCAAGAAGUCAUCGGCUGGGGCCUGAUAGGAUGGAAGUAUUACGCCAAUGUGAUCGGCCCAAUCCAGUGCGAAGGCCUCGCGAACCUCGGGGUCACCCAGAUCGCCUGUGCCGAGAAGCGCUUCCUCAUCCUCUCUCGCAACGGCCGGGUUUACACGCAGGCCUACAACAGCGAUACCCUGGGCCCCCAGCUCGUCCAAGGCCUCGCCUCCCGAAAUAUUGUGAAAGUUGCAGCCCAUUCCGACGGUCACCAUUACCUGGCCCUGGCAGCAACCGGAGAGGUGUUCUCUUGGGGGUGUGGAGACGGCGGAAGAUUGGGCCACGGGGACACGGUGCCCCUGGAGGAACCGAAGAUGAUCUCCGCCCUCUCGGGAAAGCAGGCGGGGAAGCACGUCGUCCACAUCGCCUGCGGGAGCACCUACAGCGCGGCCAUCACGGCCGAGGGCGAGCUUUACACGUGGGGGCGAGGAAACUACGGCAGGCUGGGCCACGGCUCCAGCGAAGAUCAGACCGUCCCAAUGUUAGUGACCGGCCUGAAGGGACUGAAGGUCAUUGACGUGUCGUGCGGCAGCGGCGAUGCUCAAACGCUUGCGGUAACCGAGAAUGGUCAAGUGUGGUCUUGGGGGGACGGAGACUACGGAAAACUCGGAAGAGGAGGCAGCGACGGUUGCAAAACCCCCAAACUGAUCGAAAAACUUCAAGACCUGGAUGUCGUCAAAGUACGUUGCGGGAGUCAGUUUUCGGUUGCCCUGACGAAAGACGGACAGGUCUAUUCCUGGGGGAAAGGCGACAAUCAGCGACUCGGACACGGAACGGAGGAGCACGUUCGCUAUCCCAAACUCCUGGAAGGUUUGCAAGGUAAAAAGGUGGUGGACGUGGCCACCGGCUCUACCCAUUGCUUAGCCCUCACGGAGGACAGCGAAGUCCACAGCUGGGGGAGCAACGACCAGUGCCAGCACUUCGACACGCUGCGGAUCACCAAGCCCCAGCCCUCCGCUCUGCCGGGGUUGGACACCAAACAUAUCGUGGGAAUCUCCUGCGGCCCAGCCCAGAGUUUUGCCUGGUCGUCUUGUUCGGAGUGGUCCAUCGGUUUACGGGUUCCCUUUGUGGUGGAUGUCUGCCCCAUGACCUUUGAACAGCUGGACCUUUUACUCCGGCAAGUGAGCGAGGGGAUGGAUGGCACCUCCGACUGGCCACCGCCCCAGGAGAAGGAAUGCGUCGCCGUGGCAACCCUGAACCUCCUAAGACUUCAGCUCCACGCGGCCAUCAGUCACCAGGUGGGCCCGGAGUGCCUGGGUUUGGGGCUGGGCAGCGGACUGCUCAACAGCCUCAAGCAGACCGUGGUCACCCUGGCAAGCAACGCCGGCGUCCUCAACAGCGUGCAGGCGGCGGCCCAGGCCGUGCUGCAGAGCGGGUGGUCCCUGCUGCUGCCCACGGCGGAGGAGCGGGCGCGGGCCCUGUCCUCCCUCCUGCCCAGCGCCGUUUCAGGGAAUGAGAUGAACGUGAGUCCCGGGCGCCGCUUCAUGAUCGACCUGCUGGUGGGCAGCCUGAUGGCGGACGGAGGCCUGGAGUCCGCCCUGAGCGCCGCCAUCACGGCGGAAAUCCAGGAUAUUGAGGCAAAGAAAGAAGCCCAGAAGGAGAAAGAAAUCGACGAGCAGGAAGCCAGCGCCUCGACUCUUCACAGAAGUAGGACUCCCUUAGAUAAGGACCUCAUUAACACAGGGAUCUAUGAAUCUGCCGGAAAACAAAGUUUGCCUCUGGUUCAGCUCAUCCAGCAGCUGCUCAGAAAUAUCGCCUCCCAGACGAUUGCCAGACUGAAAGACGUGGCCCGCCGAAUUUCAGCCUGCCAGGACCGGGAGCGGUCCGGCCCGGAGAGAUCGGCAUCGCUGGACCUGUUACUUCGUUUUCAGCGUUUGCUCGUUAGCAAGCUCUAUCCCGAGGAAGGUUUUGUUCCGUUCUCCACUUCGUACAGUCCCGAGUUACUCGGGGUGGGCUCCCUGCUGAAAAAAUACACCGCCCUGUUGUGUACGCACAUCGGCGACACGCUGCCCGUGGCCACCAGCAUCGCCUCCACCAGCCACAGGCACUUCGCCGAGGUGUCGCGCGUUGUGGACGGAGACUUAACAGGUGUUCUUCUCCCCGAGCUGGUCGUCUCGAUAGUGCUGCUGCUCAGUAAGAGCGCCGGGCUGAUGCAGGAGGCGGGAGCCAUCCCUCUGUUGGCUGGCUUGCUGGAGCACCUCGAUCGGUUCAACCACCUGGCCCCCGGAAAAGACCGGGACGAUAACGAGGAUUUAGCGUGGCCUGGGAUAAUGGGGUCAUUUUUCACAGGGCAGAACUGUCGAAAUAAUGAAGAAGUGACGCUCAUACGCAAGGCCGACCUCGAGAACCACAAUAAAGAUGGAGGAUUCUGGACGGUGAUUGACGGGAAGGUGUAUGACAUCAAAGAUUUUCAGGCGCAGUCCCUGACGGGGAAUAGUAUUCUUGCUCAGUUUGCCGGCGAGGAUCCGGUUGUCGCCCUGGAAGCAGCGUUGCAAUUUGAGGACACCAGAGAAUCCAUGCAUGCCUUCUGUGUUGGCCAGUACACGGAGCCUGACCAAGAAGUGAUCACCACCCCGGACCUCAGCAGCCUCUCUUCUCCUCUCGUGGAUCCGGAAAGAAAUCUGGGGCUGCUUCUUGGCCUCCACGCCUCUCACCUGGCCCUGAGUACGCCCUUGUCUCCUGUGGAGGUCGAAUGCGCCAAAUGGCUUAAGUCAUCUAUAUUUUCUGGAGGUUUGCAGACCAGUCAGAUCCACUACAGUUACAAUGAAGAGAAAGAUGAAGACCACUGCAGUUCUCCCGGGAAUACCGCGGCCAGUAAAUCCAAACUCUAUUCCCAAAGACUGACGUGGAGUGACCAUUCCCAGCCCUUUCUGCAGGCUAUCGCCGAUAACAACAUUCAGGAUCACACCGUGAAGGACUUUCUGUGUCAGAUAGAGAGAUACUGUAAGCAGUGCCAUUUGACGACGCCCAUAACCUUCCCUCCCGAGCACCCCGUGGAAGAAGUCGGCCGCCUGCUGUUAUGUUGCCUUCUGAAACACGAGGAUUUAGGACACGUGGCCUUGUCUUUAGUCCAGCCUGGCACCCUGGGCGUUGAACCAGUCAAGCACCGCACGCUACCCAAGGCCGUAGUGGAAGUGUGUCGAGUUGUCUACCAGGCAAAAUGCUCUCUAAUUAAGACCCACCAGGAGCAGGGCCGUUCCUACAAAGAGGUGUGCGCCCCGGUCAUCGAACGUCUGCGCUUCCUUUUUAACGAGCUGCGCCCCGCGGUCUGCAACGACCUCUCGAUCAUGUCCAAGCUGAAACUUGUGAGCUCCCUGCCUCGCUGGAGGAGGAUGGCCCAGAAGAUCAUUCGAGAGAGGAGGAAAACAAGAGUGCCCAAAAAGUCGGAAUCCGCCGACGUGGAAGAAUCUAAAAUUGGAAACGAAGAGGGAGAUUUAGAAGAGCCAUGCCUUCUGGCCCACAGCCCCGUAUCGGUUGAGAAGAGACCCUUACCGCUUAAAUCACCGAAGGACAAGUGGCAGCCGCUGCUGAGCACAGUGACCGGCGUGCACCGAUACAAGUGGUUGAAACAAAACGUCCAGGGCUUGUACCCCCAGUCCGCGUUCCUCAAUACCGUCGUCGAAUUUGCCCUCAAGGAAGAGCCGGUGGACGUGGAGAAGAUGAGGAAGUGUCUGCUGAAGCAGCUGGAGAGAGCGGAGGUUCGGCUGGAGGGGAUCGACACGAUUCUGAAGCUGGCGACCAAAAGCUUCCUGCUUCCGUCCGUGCAGUACGCCAUGUUUUGUGGGUGGCAGCGGCUUAUCCCUGAAGGAACCCACAUAGGGGAGCCGCUCACAGACUGCUUAAAGGACGUCGACCUGAUUCCACCCUUCAAUCGAAUGCUGCUGGAAGUGACGUUUGGGAAGCUGUCCGCCUGGGCCGUCCAGAAUAUUCGGAAUGUUUUAUUGGAUGCCAGUGCCAGAUUUAAGGAACUGGGGAUCCAGCCUGUUCCCCUGCAGACCAUCAGCAGUGAGAAUCCGGCGGGACCGAGCCUGGGGACCGUUCCCCAGGCGCGCUUCCUUCUAGUCCUGCUCAGCAUGCUGACUCUCCAGCACGGCCCCAGCACCUUGACGUUGCUCCUGAAUUCGGGAAUGCUGGCGCUGACCCAGACCACCCUGCGACUCAUAGGUCCUAGUUCGGACAACGUGGAAGACGACGCGAACGGCUCCGUCCGAGGGGCCUCGGCCACGGUCUUGGAGGAAUCGAGGAAGGAGACCGCUCCGGUGCAGCUCCCCGUCUCUGGGCCCGAGUUGGCGUCCAUGAUGAAAAUCGGAACCAGAGUCAUGAGAGGGGUAGACUGGAAAUGGGGAGAUCAGGACGGCCCCCCGCCCGGCUUAGGGCGAGUGAUCGGCGAACUGGGAGAGGACGGCUGGAUCCGGGUCCAGUGGGAUAUGGGCAGCACGAAUUCCUACCGGAUGGGCAAAGAAGGGAAGUACGACCUCAAGCUGGCCGAGCCUCCCCCUGCGGCGCAGCCCGCUGCCGAAGACUCCGAUACGGAGGAUGAUUCCGAAGGGGAGCACGCGGAAAGGAACCUCCACCCCACGUCCAUGAUGCUGACGAGCACCGUCAACCUGCUUCAGACCCUGUGCCUCUCUGCCGGGGUCCACGCCGAAAUCAUGCAAAGCGAGGCCACGCGGACGCUGUGCGGGUUGCUGCGGAUGCUGGUGGAAAGCGGGACGGUGGAGAAGUCGGGCUCUUCUCCCGGGAAGUUGGUGUUGAGAGAGCAGCACCGCAGCUGGUGUACGCUUGGCUUCAUCCGGAGCAUCGCGCUGAUGCCUCAGAUGUGCAGCACGCUCAGCACCUCGCAGUGGAUCGCGCUCCUGAUGAAAAUCGUGGAGGGGCACGAGGCGUUCACGGCGGGGUCGCUUCAGAGACAGAUUCUCGCCGUCCAUCUACUGCAAGCCGUCCUCCCGUCCUGGGACAGAACGGAAAGAUCCCGGGAUAUGAAAUUCCUCGUGGAAAAACUCUUCGGCUUCUUGGGCAGCCUGCUGAGCACCUGCUCUUCGGACGUCCCGCUGCUCAGAGAAUCGACUCUGAGGAGGAGGAAGGCCCGGCCCCAGGCGUCCCUGACGGCGACUCACAGCAGUACGUUGGCCGAGGAGAUAGUGGCCCUGCUGAGGACGCUGCACUCCCUGACUCAGUGGAAUGGGCUCAUAAACAAGUACAUCAACUCUCAACUCAACUCCAUCACCUCCAUCUUUACAGGAAAACAGUCGGAAGGGGCCGCGUUGGAAGACUACUUUCCCGACUCGGAGAGCCCGGAGGUUUCCGGCCUAAUGGCGGUGCUGGCGGUGAUUGGCGGCAUAGACAGUCGCCUGAGGCUGGGCGGCCAAGUGGUGCACGAUGAGUUCGGAGAAGGCACGGUGACUCGCAUCACCCCGAGGGGCAAGAUCACCGUACAGUUCUAUGACAUGCGAACGUGUAGAGUUUGCCCGUUGAAUCAACUCAAGCCGCUCCCGGUCGUGGCGUUUAACGUGAACAACCUGCCUUUCACGGAGCCCAUGCUGUCGGUCUGGGCCCAGCUCGUGAACCUGGCCGGCAGCAGAUUGGAGAAGCACAAAGUUAAGAAGUCUUCUAAUCAGGGCCUUACAGGACAAGUAGACUUGGAUCUGCUCAGGUGCCAGCAAUUAAAACUGUAUAUCCUGAAAGCGGGCCGAGCGUUGCUUUCGCACCAGGAUAGGCUAAGACAGAUCCUGUCGCAACCCGCGGUGCCCGAGGGCGGCUCCAACCCUGCAGAAGAGGGAGCGGCCGCGUCCCCGGAUAUAGGAGACAUGUCUCCCGAAGGACCGCAGCCUCCGAUGAUUCUCUUGCAGCAGCUUCUGACGUCCGCCACCCAGCCCUCUCCGGUGAAGGCCAUAUUUGACAAACAGGAACUUGAGGCCGCUGCCCUGGCAGUGUGCCAGUGUUUAGCCGUGGAAUCGACGCACCCGUCCACUCCGGGGUUCGAAGACUGCAGCUCCAGCGAGGCUACGACUCUGGUGCCGGUGCAGCGAAUCCAGCCUGCCAAAGUGAAGAAGCGCAGGUCGUCUCCCAUUCCAGCCCUGCCUAUUGUGAUGCAGCUCAUGGAGAUGGGAUUCCCCCGGAAAACCAUCGAGUUCGCCUUGAAGUCGCUAACCGGAACCUUUGGGAAUGCUUCGGGACUGCCAGGAGUGGAGGCUUUGGUUGGCUGGUUGCUGGAUCACCCCGACGUCCAGAUCACCGAUCACUCAGAUGCGGACACGGUCUCGGACGAGUACUCGGAUGAAGAACCGGCAGAAGACGUGGAAGAGGCGGAGGCGUCUUACCCCGUACCCGGAGGCGCCGUCGUGACCGAGAGCCAAACCUAUAAAAAGAGAGCUGAUUUCCUAAGCAACGACGACUACGCGGUGUACGUGAGGGAGAACGUCCAGGUGGGGAUGAUGGUUAGGUGCUGCAGGACGUACGAAGAGGUCUGUGAGGGAGACGUGGGCAAAGUCAUCAAGUUGGACCGAGACGGGCUACACGACCUGAACGUGCAGUGUGACUGGCAGCAGAAGGGCGGGACAUACUGGGUCCGAUACAUUCACGUGGAGCUGAUAGGUUUCCCGCCGCAGAGUUCUCCUUCCCACAUCAAGAUUGGGGACAAAGUGCGGGUGAAAACCUCCGUAACCACACCCAAGUACAAGUGGGGCUCCGUCACCCACAGGAGCGUGGGUGCUGUGAAAGCUUUUAGUGCCAACGGAAAAGACGUCAUCGUGGACUUUCCGCAGCAGUCUCACUGGACGGGGCUGUUGUCCGAAAUGGAGUUGGUGCCGAGUAUCCAUCCCGGGGUCACAUGUGAUGGCUGUCAGAUGUUUCCUAUCAACGGACCAAGGUUCAAAUGCCGAAACUGUGAUGAUUUUGACUUCUGUGAAACCUGCUUCAAAACCAGAAAACAUAACACAAGGCAUACUUUUGGCAGAAUAAAUGAGCCAGGGCAGUCCGUGGUUUCUUGUGGCCGGUCCGGGAAGCAACUCAAGCGGGGCCACAGUAGCCAGCCGGGAAUGCUCCUGGACAACUGGUCCCGAAUCGUGAAGAACCUCAGCGUGUCCUCGUCCGUGAAUCAGGCGUCGCGUUUGAUCGAUGGCACGGAACCCUGCUGGCAGUCAUCUGGGUCACAGGGCAAGCACUGGAUUCGUUUGGAGAUCUUUCCUGAUGUCCUGGUCCACAGACUGAAAAUGAUCGUGGAUCCCGCCGACAGCAGCUAUAUGCCUUCCCUGAUUGUCGUUUCAGGUGGGAAUUCCCUAAAUAACCUAAUUGAACUAAAGACCAUCAAUAUUAACCCCACUGACACUACAGUGCCUCUUCUCAGUGACUGCAUGGAGUAUCACCGGUAUAUCGAAGUCGCCAUAAAGCAGUGCAGGAGCUCGGGGAUCGAUUGCAAAAUCCACGGUCUGAUUAUACUGGGGCGGAUCCGGGCGGAGGACGAAGAUUUGGCCGCUGUGCCUUUUCUAGCUUCGGACAACGAGGAGGAGUACGACGAAAAGGCCAACGCUGGGAGCCUUAUCAGGAAGAAGGCAUCAGGAUUGGAAUCCGCAGCCACAAUAAGAACGAAAGUGUUCGUGUGGGGUCUGAAUGACAAGGAUCAACUGGGAGGUCUGAAAGGGUCCAAGAUAAAGGUUCCUUCGUUCUCCGAGACCCUGUCGGCCCUGAAUGUGGUGCAGGUAGCGGGUGGAUCGAAGAGUUUGUUUGCAGUGACGGUGGAGGGCAAAGUUUAUGCCUGUGGAGAAGCUACCAACGGAAGGCUGGGGCUUGGCAUUUCCAGUGGGACCGUGCCUCUUCCCCGGCAGAUCACAGCGCUCGGCAAUUAUGUGGUGAAAAAGGUGGCCGUUCACUCAGGUGGCCGGCAUGCUAUGGCAUUAACCGUUGAUGGGAAAGUGUUUUCCUGGGGAGAAGGCGACGAUGGAAAACUUGGACACUUCAGCAGAAUGAACUGUGAUAAGCCAAGAUUAAUAGAGGCGUUGAAAACCAAACGCAUCCGGGAUAUCGCCUGUGGCAGCUCUCACAGUGCAGCCAUUACGUCAAGUGGUGAAUUGUACACGUGGGGCCUGGGAGAAUACGGUCGCCUGGGACACGGGGAUAACACGACGCAGCUAAAACCCAAAAUGGUGAAAGUACUUCUUGGCCACAGAGUUAUUCAGGUUGCUUGCGGAAGCCGGGAUGCCCAGACCCUGGCCCUGACGGAUGAAGGUUUGGUGUUCUCCUGGGGCGAUGGUGACUUUGGCAAGCUGGGCCGAGGAGGAAGCGAAGGCUGUAACGUUCCCCAAAACAUCGAGAGACUCAAUGGACAGGGAGUGUGUCAGAUCGAAUGUGGGGCUCAGUUUUCCCUGGCGCUUACGAAGUCUGGAGUGGUUUGGACCUGGGGCAAGGGGGAUUACUUCCGACUGGGCCACGGCACCGACGUCCACGUCCGGAAGCCUCAGGUGGUGGAAGGGCUGAGAGGGAAGAAGAUCGUCCACGUGGCCGUGGGGGCCCUUCACUGUUUAGCCGUCACGGACACGGGGCAGGUGUACGCCUGGGGCGACAACGACCACGGGCAACAAGGCAACGGGACAACGACGGUCAACAGGAAGCCCACCCUGGUGCAAGGCUUGGAAGGCCAGAAGAUCACCCGUGUGGCCUGUGGCUCGUCCCACAGCGUGGCGUGGACGACCGUGGACGUGGCAGCUCCGUCCGCCCAUGAGCCGGUUCUCUUCCAAACGGCCAGGGACCCUUUGGGUGCUUCCUAUUUAGGUGUUUCGUCCGAUGUGGAUCCUUCUGCCGUCAGUAACAAAAUCAGCGGCAUAGGCAGCUCGAAGCCCAAUCGCCCUUCUCUGGCCAAGAUUCUUUUGUCGUUAGAUGGAAACCUUGCUAAACAACAGGCCUUAUCUCACGUCCUCACUGCCUUGCAAAUCAUGUACGCCAGAGACGCAGUGGUCGGCGCCCUAAUGCCCGCCAGCAUGAUCGCCCCGGUCGAAUGCUCCUCUUCUUCGUCCCCAGUCCCCCCCUCUGACGGCUCUCUUCUGGGAAGUCCCCUGAACGCGGAGGAGUGUGGCGGAGCCGUUGACAUAGAGGACAGAUUAAGCCCGAACCCGUGGCAGGAUCGGAGAGGGGAGGCGGCCCCUUCCGAAGACGCCGUGACCCCGUCAGCCCUGACUCCCUCCGCUGCUUCUGCGUCUUCGCGACCCUUCAUCCCCGUCACCGACGAUCCCGGAGCCGCCAGUAUCAUCGCGGAGACGAUGACGAAAACCAAGGACGUCGAGAGCCAAAGCAAAGCUUCGGGCCCAGAGCCCCAGGACCUGGAUGAAUUCACCAGCCUGUUAGUGCCCGAUGAUACGCGGGUCAUGGUUGACUUGCUGAAGCUGGCCGUAUCCAGCAGGGCUGGCGAAAAGGGAAAGGAAGUCCUUUCCGCGGUGCUUUCUGGCAUGGGCACAGCCUAUCCCCAGGUAGCCGACAUGUUACUGGAGCUCUGUGUAACAGAAUUAGAGGAUGUAGCUACAGAUUCUCAAAGCGGCCGCCUCUCAUCCCAGCCUGUCGUCGUUGAAAGUAGCCAUCCUUAUACUGAUGAUACUUCCACCAGUGGAACUGUUAAGAUACCAGGUGCGGAAGGGCUCCGGGUGGAAUUUGAUCGUCAGUGUUCCACGGAGCGGCGGCACGAUCCCCUCACUGUAAUGGACGGCGUCAACAGGAUCGUCUCGGUGCGAUCGGGUCGCGAAUGGUCCGACUGGUCCAGUGAGCUGCGGAUUCCCGGAGACGAAUUAAAGUGGAAGUUCAUAAGUGACGGGUCUGUGAACGGGUGGGGCUGGCGUUUCACCGUCUACCCCAUUAUGCCAGCGGCAGGCCCCAAAGAUCUCCUUUCAGAUCGCUGCAUCCUCUCCUGUCCAUCAAUGGACCUGGUAACGUGUCUCCUGGACUUCCGCUUGAAUCUGACUUCCAACCGGAGCAUAGUUCCGCGACUGGCGGCGUCUCUGGCAGCGUGUGCUCAACUCAGUGCCCUAGCUGCUGGCCACAGAAUGUGGGCUCUUCAGAGGCUGAGGAAGCUACUGACUACGGAAUUCGGACAGUCUAUCAAUAUUCACAGAAUUCUUGGAGAUAACGAUGGAGAAACUCGAGCUAUGAGUUUCACGGGCAGCGCGCUGGCCGCUCUGGUGAAAGGCUUGCCGGAAGCUUUGCAGAGGCAGUUCGACUACGAAGACCCCAUUGUGAGGGGUGGGAAGCAACUGCUCCACAGCCCUUUCUUCAAGGUUCUGGUAGCUCUCGCCUGUGACUUGGAAUUGGAUACUCUUCCUUGUUGUGCGGAAACCCACAAAUGGGCCUGGUUUAGGAGAUACUGCAUGGCCUCCAGAGUGGCCGUAGCCCUGGACAGACGCACUCCGCUGCCCCGCCUGUUCCUCGAUGAGGUGUCCAAGAAAAUCCGAGAGUUGAUGGCAGACAGUGAAUCUAUGGAUGUCCUUCACGAGAGCCACGACAUGUUCAAGAGAGAACAAGACGAGCAGCUGGUCCAGUGGAUGAACAGACGGCCAGACGACUGGACCCUCUCCGCUGGAGGCAGCGGAACAAUUUACGGCUGGGGUCACAAUCACCGAGGUCAGCUUGGGGGCAUCGAAGGGGCGAAGGUCAAAGUUCCAACACCUUGCGAGGCCCUUGCCACUCUCCGACCGGUGCAGUUAAUUGGAGGAGAGCAGACCCUGUUUGCGGUGACUGCAGAUGGGAAGCUGUACGCCACGGGGUACGGAGCUGGAGGCAGACUGGGGAUCGGCGGCACCGAGUCAGUUUCCACGCCGACGUUGCUGGAGUCCAUUCAGCACGUCUUUGUGAAGAAAGUGGCGGUCAACUCCGGAGGGAAGCACUGUCUGGCACUGUCCUCCGAGGGCGAAGUCUAUUCUUGGGGAGAGGCCGAAGAUGGCAAGCUGGGGCAUGGCAACAGAAGCCCCUGCGAUCGCCCUCGGGUGAUCGAGUCCUUGCGAGGAAUCGAAGUGGUGGACAUCGCGGCCGGCGGAGCGCACAGUGCGUGCAUCACCGUCGCGGGAGAUCUCUAUUCCUGGGGCAAGGGAAGAUACGGCCGUCUGGGUCACGGGGACAGCGAGGAUCAGCUGAAACCCAAGCUUGUGGAAGCCCUUCAGGGUUACCGGGUGAUCGACAUAGCUUGCGGCAGUGGAGAUGCUCAGACCCUGUGCCUCACAGACGAUGACACUGUCUGGUCUUGGGGUGAUGGGGAUUACGGAAAACUCGGGCGCGGGGGCAGCGAUGGCUGCAAAGUGCCAAUGAAGAUUGAUUCCCUUACGGGCCUCGGAGUGGUGAAAGUGGAAUGCGGCUCCCAGUUCUCUGUGGCUCUGACCAAAUCUGGAGCAGUCUACACUUGGGGCAAAGGUGAUUACCACCGACUGGGCCAUGGAUCGGAUGACCACGUUAGACGACCGCGGCAAGUUCAAGGGCUGCAGGGAAAGAAAGUCAUUGCGAUUGCUACUGGCUCCCUGCAUUGUGUCUGCUGCACCGAAGAUGGGGAGGUUUAUACGUGGGGCGAUAACGACGAGGGACAGCUCGGCGAUGGGACCACCAAUGCCAUCCAGAGACCGCGCUUGGUGGCGGCCCUCCAGGGCAAGAAGAUCAACAGGGUGGCCUGCGGCUCGGCCCACACCCUGGCGUGGUCCACCAGCAAACCUGCCAAUGCCGGCAAACUCCCCACCCAGGUUCCCAUGGAGUACAACCAUUUACCCGAAAUCCCAAUCAUCGCACUACGCAACAGGCUGCUUUUACUGCAUCACAUCUCUGAAGUCUUUUGUCCCUGCAUCCCCAUGUUUGACCUCGAAGGACGCCUUGACGAAGCCGGCCAGGGGCCUUCCGUCGGGUUUGACACUUUGCGGGGAAUUCUGAUAUCCCAAGGAAAGGAGGCGGCUUUCCGCAAAGUUGUGCAGGCUACCAUGGUGAGAGAUCGUCAGCAUGGGCCGGUGGUGGAACUGAACCGAAUACAGGUGAAGCGUUCAAGAAGUAAAGGAGGCUUGGCUGGUCCUGAUGGGACAAAGUCCGUCUUCGGCCAGAUGUGUGCUAAAAUGAGUUCAUUCAGCCCCGACAGUCUUCUUCUCCCUCACCGUGUGUGGAAAGUCAAGUUUGUUGGGGAAUCUGUGGAUGACUGUGGUGGUGGUUACAGCGAGUCAAUAGCGGAGAUGUGUGAAGAACUCCAGAAUGGGCUAACCCCUCUUCUCAUUGUGACUCCCAACGGAAGAGAUGAAUCCGGAGCCAAUAGAGACUGCUUCCUGCUGAAUCCGGCCGCCAGGUCCAACUUGCACACCAAUAUGUUCCGUUUCCUGGGCGUGCUCCUGGGCGUCGCGAUCCGAACCGGCAGCCCUCUCAGCCUCAGCCUGGCCGAACCGGUUUGGAAGCAGCUUGCGGGGCUGAAUCUCACCAUUGCCGAUCUCAGUGAGGUUGAUAAAGACUUCAUUCCGGGGCUCAUGUACAUCCGUGACAACGAAGCCACUGCCGAGGAGUUCGAAGCCAUGAGUCUUCCCUUCACUGUGCCGAGCGCCAGCGGCCAGGAUAUCCAGCUGAGCUCCAAACACACCCACAUCACCCUGGAGAGCCGGGCUGAAUACGUGCGACUGGCGAUGAAUUACCGGCUUCACGAGUUUGACGAGCAAGUGGCCGCCGUGCGGGAAGGGAUGGCCCGGGUGACUCCAGUCCCUCUCCUUUCCCUGUUCACUGGCUACGAACUGGAAACGAUGGUGUGUGGAAGCCCCGAUAUCCCGCUUCACCUUCUGAAAUCCGUGGCCACCUACAAGGGAAUCGAGCCCACAGCCUCUCUGAUCCAGUGGUUCUGGGACGUGAUGGAAUCCUUCUCCAACACGGAACGCUCCCUCUUCCUGCGCUUCGUGUGGGGCCGGACACGACUGCCGCGGACGAUCGCCGACUUCAGAGGCAGAGACUUCGUUAUUCAGGUUUUGGACAAAUACAACCCGCCCGACCACUUCCUUCCCGAGUCCUACACGUGUUUCUUCCUGCUGAAGCUGCCCCGGUACUCCUGUAAGCAGGUGCUGGAGGAGAAACUGAAAUACGCCAUUCACUUCUGUAAGUCCAUCGACACCGACGACUACGCCCGGAUAGCGCUCACGGGCGAACCCGCGGCCGACGACAGCAGCGACGACUCGGACAACGAAGACGCCGAUUCGUUCGCUUCGGAUUCCACCCAGGACUAUCUGACGGGACACUGAAGCCACCCUUGGGUGCUCGCUCUCCCCCCCCAGACGUAUACAUACACGAGGCCCCAGUAGUGCCACUCGCUACAAGACUGUUCGGAGAGAAGCGACCGAGAAAUAGCAGCCUUCUGACCCUGGGGGAGGGCCGGCGGCGUGUUUGUAAUAAAAACGAUGACUUACAACCCCAAGCUCUGCUGCGUUUGGACGCUUUACAUUCAUUUUGAGCCCCGAGGACCCCUCCCGCAGAGUGCUGCGUUGCAUUUCGACCUUCCCUGUUCGCUAAAAGUGCUGUAAAUGUUUCGAUAAGACAGUGCGGCGCCCAGAAAAUAAGCCAGCGGAACCUUUCCGAUCGUGGGUGCGGUUGAUUUUUUUUUGUUUGCUCACGUGGUGUUCUGUGCCUCUCCUUGACUGUGUAUCAUCGGAAACUCUGUGCGGCAGUUGAAGAGUAUUAUAAAUAUUUUAAUUAACUUUAUUAGCAGUUUGUUUCUGAAAGCUUUCUGAAUCUCAGAUUAUCCAUCUUGCCUGAAAUUGGAGGUUCCCAGUCUUUUCCCCGUGUGGAUUUUUUUUUUUUUUUUUAGUUUAGGCAUUACGGAUCUUCCGUGGCUACCUUUCUGGGACGAGCACCUGACUCCUAUCGUGGAAAGUGUACUGUAUCGAAUUAAUCUGUGCCGUGUAUAUGCCGAAAAAUAUCAUUCCCUCCAUCUGAAUAAACCUGUGUCUUUUUCCCCCCGUCACCCCAACG